UUGACACUGACUAAAAAAGUAAAGCGUCUACUGAUACGAUAAUUGUUGCAAUCAUUUAUGAAAUUUAACAUAGUUUAAGUCACCAAUCGCAAUCAUCUGUCCGCUAAAUAUGUGGUCUCAAACUUAGCCAGUGGUUUUAUUGGAAUAGUUAGUUAUAUUUAUAAUGCGAUGACGAACGCGUUAUAUGCCAACAUUAAAAAGAAAAACAAUAUUCCGGGUAUGAUCAAAUUCGGAUGAAAAACAAAUUCAUUCCUCAGUGAAAUAUAUCCAGAAAAUCGAGAUGGAAGCUCUUAAAACUUCUUUAAAAUGUUGCCUUAAAGACUGCAGCGACUCCAGUGCUCUUGACCAACAUGUGGCUGUAAAAACAGUGUUGAGUAUUGAAAAUGGCAAGUCGUCAUUAAAGUCUAAAUUUAUGGUCAGAUGGAAGACAAAUGGAGAAGCUGAAUUUCAUAAAGCUUGCUGGGAUCAGAUAUAUUUACUGGCAAGAGCACGUACAAAGCAGGGAAUAAUUAGUUUGACCAAGGAAGAGAAGGCUAUGAUUAAAAUUGCAGCAGAGUCUGCAGAAAUGUUCGACAGCUUCCAACAUAUAAAACAUGCCGCAGGCACAGCUGCUAGUUGGAUCCGUGAUUCAAAUCAACUAGUGGUUUUCACAGGUGCAGGAAUUUCAACGUCAGCUGGUAUAGGGGAUUAUCGAGGCAAGGCAGGUAAAUGGACAGAGGAAGAUCAGAUACAUGCUAUGGCAGCUGAAUCUAAAGAGCCAGUUUCUAAGAAAGCAAAACUUGAUGCUGAUGCUGAAAAUGAUUCCACUUGUGAUCUGGAAGAAGGUGUUCCAUAUGAGAAGCUGCGUCCAACGUACACUCACGAGGCAUUGAAGAAACUUCACAAAGAUGGAUAUUUGAAGUAUGUGAUCAGUCAGAAUGGAGAUGGUUUGCAUCGGCUGUCUGGGAUCUCUGCAAAAGACAUUUCAGAGCUGCAUGGCAAUGUCUUCAUUGAAACUUGCGAGAAGUGUAAGAAGAUAUUUGAGAGACCGUAUUACGUCCUAGACGAUGAAUCCAGCCAGUACUAUGAAGAGAUCGAAGACUUUGGCAAAUCCCAUGUUAAGAAAAAGAAGUAUGCUAAAAAAUGUACACUGUGUGGUCUUAGUCACAGGACUGGCCGAAGAUGUGAUGAUAAGAAAUGUGAUGGAUAUUUGCAAGACACCAUAAUCAACUUUAGGGACCACUUGGAUGAGUCUACGCUUGUGAAGGCCGAGGAAAUGUGUAGGCAGUGUGAUGUGAUGCUCUGUCUGGGAACCACGUUACAAGUGACACCAGCCUGUGAUCUUGUGAAAAACUUGACGUCACGAGAUCGGCUUAUCAUCUGUAACAGACAGGAGACACCCCUGGAUAGGCAGUUUCAAGGUCCCAGGGCCAAUGGAUGCAGGGUGUUUGGCAACUGUGAUGUCUUCAUUAGGGAGAUGAUGGGAAACCUCUACCAGGCAGCAGACUUGGCCCAAUGGGAGUCCGAGAGGGAAACAAGACUAGCCGAAUACGACAUAAGUAGAGCAUAGAAAAAUCUAUCAAGCAGUUCAAGAAUGAAUACUGAAACAGCCCUCUAUUAAAAUUGCAUGUGGGGUAUUUUAGACAAUAACAUUUCCAGUCUUAACUGACCUAUAUAGGCAUUAUUUAGCGAAUUUUUUUAUUGGUAUUUUAUCAUGUUUUUAAUAUUUUAUUUAUUGGAAAUAUAUCUGUGAUAUAAUACAUAUCAAACAUGUAUUGUUAUUGGUUUUUUUGUUGUUGUUUUUUUCUGUGUAGUUUUGCCAUCAUGUUAUAUCUGUUUUGUUUGAAACAAGGUGUUAGAUUCUGGUAUUUGUUUUAUUACAAUUAUGCAUUUUUUUAUUCACCUUUGUUAUAAUGUUUAAAGCAUUAUAUUUUGAAAAAUGCACAUUUUUAUUAUGCUGUUAUUGUAUGUUUUGCUUAAGAACAUGUAUGUCUAAACUGAAAUCCCAGUUUGAAAGUGACGUAAAUGUUUAAAGAUUUACGGGUUAAUGUGCUCAUUUACAUUAGGAAAUGUAUUUAUUGUAUUGUCCUGUUAAAUAAUGGCUUCAAUUCAAAAUAUAUCUGAUAUUCAAUGGCCUUUGUUUUUUCCUAUUUUUAAUUUGUUUAAAAUACUGAAUAUGGUGCAUGUUUCCAGAUGUUACAAAUAUUUUGUCUGACACAUAUGAUGGGAAUGCAUUUCAUGUCGUUACUUUCUACAUAUCAUUUAUAUGUUUGAUUUAAACAUCAGAUAAUAUUUAAUGGCCUUCUUUUGAAAGUGACUGUGUAUGCUAAAAUCUUUUUAUAAUGAUCUCAAAGGGGAAUCACCAUGGAUGUCAGUCAGACAGUCAGUCAGUCCAUUUGUCCAUCCAUCCGUCUGUCUGGGCACAUGCUAUGUUUAUCAUCUAAUUAAACAAUUACAAAAGUUAUGCCCUGUUUUCAACAUACAUGUACUUGUUUUAGAUACAUGUGCAUUCUAAAACAUCAUGCCCUUUGUUUAUUUUUUUAUUGAAAUUUUGUCUGGAGUAUGUCUGAUAAACUAUAUGAGGUGUCAACUUGAAGCCUUAAGAGUAGUUGGUAUAUUUCAUUGGGGGUAAGUUUAGUGGGCAAGAACUAAAAUCUCUUGCUUCGAUGUUUUAAGAAUUAUUCCCUUUGUUAAUUGUUCUAUUGCAAUUUUGUACGAAGCAUGAAGGCUUUAAGAGUUAUCAACUUAAAACUUUCAAUAUUUUUAGAGAUUUUGCCCUUUAUUAGUUUUUAUAUUUCAAUUUAUUCCGCCGAAUUUCUUUUGUCUUAUCUUUACUUUAGCAUAACAAUAUGAAACUAUAUUGGGUGAAUGCUCACAUUUUGGGGAAACCAGUUCUUAAAAGUAAACUGUAACUCCUUCGAUAAAAGAGGCAUGUGGGAUAUAGACAAUGACAAUUUUAGUUUAUAACGACAAAUGUUUGAACUAUGUUAUCAAUUGCAAAUACAUCUGUGAUAGAAUACUUAUCAAGUAUGUUUUGUAGUUGUUUCUUUUUUGUUUGGCUAUUCUUUUCUGUACAGUUUUUUUUCAGCUUGUUAUAUUUUCUUUGUUUGAAAACAGAUGAUUUGGUAUUUUGUGUACUAAUAUCAAGAAUUUGUUAUUUACUUUUUUUUUAAUGAUAUUGUAUGUAUACUAUUUUGUAUUAUGCAGCAAAACAUUCAACAUGUGCAACAAAUAAAUUUACUAAACCUUG